AUGAUUCUGAGCAGCGUCCUGGCCUGUGUGGAUGGAUGUGACGUCGCUCAGCCCAUUUGUGGGGCCCAUGCCCCUGGGGAUGUUGUUAUAGGAAUACUGUUGCCGUGUCAUCGUAAAGUGAAGGCAGUUCAAGAACGGAUUAAACCUGAAAGCUACUACUGCUCAGAUUUUGAUCUGCCAUCAUUUCUGAAAUCCUUGGCUAUAAUCCAUGAAAUUGAGCAGAUAAAUGCUGCUGGUUUCCUCCCAGGAGUGCGUCUUGGAUAUUUGAUGUGUGACACAUGCUCAUAUGCAAGCAAAGCACUGCAAAAUGUGGGGCACAUGCUCGCAGUCAACGGCUCUCUAAAUGUAGAGUGCAACUACACCGACUUCAGGCCCACAACCAAGAUUAUUUUAGGAGCACUAUACUCUGAGGAGUCCGUUGCUUUGGCCAGACUGCUAAAUGUGUACAUGGUCCCACUACUGAGCAGCACAUCAUCCUCAGCGGAACUGAGUGAUAAGCUGCGCUAUCCAGUUUUUAUGCGUACUAUUCCCAGUGAUACUCAUCAGACCAAAGCACUGACCAAAAUGAUGCAUCACUAUCACUGGAACUGGGUCGGGGUUGUGUAUGGGGACGAUGAAUAUGGCAAAGCAGCUUUCCAGAGCUUCUUCAGGGAUGCUGAGGAAAAUCAUGUGUGCUUGGCCUACCAGGAGGUGUUGCCUCAUUACCUCGAUCAUUCAUCCAGCGAGCAACGUAUCCAGCAGGUCGCUCAGAAGAUCCGUUCUUCCAGUGCCCAGGUGGUACUGCUAAUCCUCAAGGCAGAGCUGGUGGAGGUCCUCUUUAAAGAAAUGAUCAGGACCAACACAUCAAAGACCUGGAUUGCCAGUGAUGCCUGGUCCAGGAGCUGGUCCCUUGCCAAGAUGGAUGGCAUUAACAGUGUUGGGGACAUCUUGGGCUUCACCUUUGUUGUAGGGAAGAGUGAAUCAUUUGAUAAUUAUUUGAAGAAUCUUACAGCAACCCCAGGAGGAUACAACCACUUCAUUGAGGAAUACAAGUACCUGAGAUUCAACUGUUCCACUGAAUGCUUCUCAAAUAAACCUCCAAACUAUUGUCCCUCACCUGAUCUGCUGAAAAUAAAAUCCGGCAAUGCAUGCAGUUUCAAGGAACCCGGAGAGCAAAAUGAUGACUAUCUUGUGACAGAUGUGGACACAAGUGAAACCUUCCUAAAUAGAGUUGCGGUGUGGGCUGUAGCAAAUGCUCUCAAAAAGCUGCUAAAGUGUAACAGCUCCUCAUGCUCAGGAGAGAUUAACUUCCCACCAUGGAAGCUCCUUAAAGAAUUGAAGGAGGUUAAGUUCAAGCUUGACAACCAGAAUUUCUACUUUGACAAAAAUGGUGAUUUUGUAAACGGGUAUGAUCUGAUUAUAUGGAAAAAGUAUGGACACCACAGAAGAUUUCAUAGAACUGGGAGAUACCAUGUCAUCGAUGAAAAAAUAGAACUGCUGGAAAAUGUCAUCUGGCUUGCAACAGGCAAUAUCACGACCCCUCAGUCUAGAUGCUCAGAGAGCUGCCCCCGUGGCUGGGUAAAGAAGAUCUUGAAUGUAUCCUGCUGUUACAACUGCACCAAAUGUGUGGAGGGGACCUACUCGGAUGGCUUGGACCUUAAUUUCUGCAAAAAGUGUCCCAAUGGAAGUUGGUCUCUCAAGGGGUGGGAUCACUGCCAGCCAAGAAAGGAAUCCUACCUGCGAUGGAGAGAUCCUCAUCCCAUCGCCAUGAUGGCAGCUGCAGCCUUUGGCAUUUUGCUGUUGCUGGUUACCCUAGUUAUCUUUCUGGUGUACAGAGAUUCCCCACCUAUGAAAAGAGCUGAGGUGAGAUUGUCCUGCGUGAUGAUGGCUGGUCUGGCAGUGAGCUUUGCAAGUGUGCUGUGCUUCAUGGGCAAGCCUAAUGUACACCUCUGCCGGGCCCGCCAGGUGAUGUAUGCCAUGGGCUUCACCUUGUGUGUGUCCUGCAUCCUAGUAAAGGCCUAUCGAACUUUCCUGGCUUUCCUUCCCUUUGGUCAAAUAACAAACAGGCAACUACACAGACUUUACAAGCCACCUGUAAUUGUUAUCCUGAUAACUACUCUCCAAGGGAUCAUCUGUCUUCUCUGGCUGAUCUGGGAUUCUCCUGAUGUUGAUGACACACCUCCAUCUCCACAAAGCAUGAAAAACAUAAUCCAGUGUAGUGAAGGUAAGAGAUACAUAGGUUUUGGCAUUAUGUUGAGUUACAUAGCUCUACUAGCACUGAUUGGCUUCCUUUUGGCCUUCAAAGGCAGAAAGGUCCCUCAGGAGUUCAGUGAGACAGGCUAUAUCAUUUUUAGCAUGCUGAUGUACUUGUUCGUAUGGGUGUGUUUUAUCCCGGUCUAUAUUACCACCAAUGAAGAGGGCACUCCUGUGCAGGCUUCAGCCAUUCUAGUAUCCAGCUAUGGCAUUAUCUUCUGCCAUUUUUUACCCAAGUGCUAUGAAGCACUUUGGGGGUCAAAUACUAAUACGCUGGAGAGGAUUCUGAGAAGAUGGCGAGUCUUCUCCAGUGAAAGUCUUGAUUCAGAGACAUGCACGGACACAUACAUAGAUAUCCUCGGAAUGAACACACCCUCACAAAAGAGUGACAGGUUUUCCUUAUCAAGCACAUCAACUAUACCGAAGAGCGAGGUCAGCCCUACACCAAGCAAGGUCAGUCCUACUGAUUCUGGGCUGGUUGAAAUACAUAAGCCCUGUGAAAAGAGUUAUUCCUAUGCACUGUCUAACAGGCUAGGAACAAAAGUGACAUGGAGACGUAGGAGCAUAUCUUUCUAA